AUCUGCCAUCUGAUCCUUUAAAAAAGUCUGUUAUGCAGAAUGCAAACCACAGAAGUGGUGCUGGAUCCCAAAGAGCUCAGAAAGGGAAGAAGUCUUAUUCAUGUUCAGAAUGUGGCAAAUGUUUAACUCAGAAAUCAGAUCUUGAGAGGCAUCAGAAAAUUCACACAGGGGAGAAGCCGUAUUCAUGUUCAGAAUGUGGCAAAUGUUUUACUCUGAAAUCACAUCUUGAGAGGCAUCAGAAAAUUCACACAGGGGACAAGCCGUAUUCAUGUUCAGAAUGUGGGAAAUGUUUUUCUCGGAAAUCACAUCUUGAAAUCCAUCAAAGACAUCACACAGGAGAGAAGCCGUAUUCAUGUUCAGAAUGUGGUAAAUGUUUUGCUAACAAAUCAAUUCUUGAUAACCAUCAGAGAAGUCACACAGGAGAGAAGCCGUAUUCAUGUUCAGAAUGUGGUAAAUGUUUUGCUAAGAAAUCAGUUCUUGAUAACCAUCAGAGAAUUCACACAGGGGAGAAGCCAUUUUCAUGUCCAGAAUGUGGAAAAUGUUUUGCUUGGAAUACUCAGCUUGCUGAUCAUUUAAAAAAUCACACAGGGGAGAGGCCAUUUUCCUGCCCAGAAUGUGGAAAAUGUUUUGCUCAUAAAUCAGUUCUUAAGGUUCAUCAGGUUAUUCACACAGGAGAGAAGCUAUUUUCAUGCCCAGAAUGUGGAAAAUGUUUUACUCAGAAAGCAUCUCUUUAUAAACAUAAGAAAAGUCACACAGGAGAGAAGCCAUAUUCAUGUUCAGAAUGUGGGGAUUGUUUUAGCCAGAAAUUACAUCUCCAAAGCCAUCAGAGAAUUCACACAGGGGAGAAGCCAUACCAUUGUUCAGAAUGUGAGAAAUGUUUUGCUAAUAAAGUAUCUCUUCUUAAACAUCUAAGAUAUCACACAGGAGAAAAGCCAUAUUCAUGUCCAGAAUGUGAGAAAUGUUUUAGUCAGAUAGCAAAUCUUGUUAUGCAUCAGAGAAUUCACACAGGGGAGAAGUCAUAUUCGUGUCCUCAAUGUGGGAAAUGUUUUUCUCAGAAAUCAAAUCUAGUUAUGCAUCAGAGAAUUCACACAGGGGAGAAGUCCUAUUCAUGUCAAGAAUGUGGUAAAUGUUUUGUUCUGAAAAAUCAUCUUGUUGUGCAUUUAAGAACUCACACAGGGGAGAAGCCAUUUUCAUGCCCAGAAUGUAGGAAAUGUUUUACUCAGAAAUCAAAUCUAGUUACGCAUCAGAGAUUUCACACAGGGGAGAAGUCAUAUUCAUGUCCAGAAUGUGGUAAAUGUUUUGUUCUGAAAAAUCAUCUUGUUGUGCAUUUAAGAACUCACACAGGGGAGAAACCAUUUUCAUGCCCAGAAUGUGGGAAAUGUUUUACUCAAAAAGCAAAUCUUGUUACACAUCUGAAAUCUCACACAGAGGAGAAGUGAUAUUUAUGCCCAGAACAUGUUUUACUAAAAAAAAAAUGAGAAUCAUUAGGGAAGUCACACAGGGGUGCAACCAUGUUCCUGUUCAGAAUGUGGAAACUGUUUUAUUCAGAAAUAAGCCCUUGUUCAAUAUCAGAGAAUUCAUACAGGGGAGAAGAAGUUCUAACCCCUUCCCAACAUCCUCCAUAUAUGUACGGUGGAUGUUGGGAAUUUAAAGAUGGUUCCCACUCAAGCGUUAAGUGAGUGCCAUAGGCGAAGCAUGCGUGCGGUUUCACACAGCAGAUGACUGCUGGCAGCGUCCAUGAUUGGAGAUAGCUCUGAUCGCUGACAUUCCAUCAGAUGCUGUAGCCAACUGCAACCACAGAAUCUGAGCAGUCAUUUACUGGGAGCGAGUGAGGUGUUACAGCUUGAAGAGCAUAUGAAUUAGAACCAUAGAUAACUUCAUAAAACCAAAUAUAACAAUAGCCACAUGAUGUAUCCUGAAUUAAAAGAUAUAACAGAGAAUGGAUUGUAGUUCAAGGCCUUUACCAUAGCUACCAUAAAGAAACCAUUAGAGAGAUUGCUUACAUGAUAGCGGAGUUUUUUCUGUUCUUGAAUCAACAUGUAGAUAAAAGAAACAGCGGCACUCACCAGUAUUCCUCCUGCAGCUUUUAUUGAUCGAUUAAAACACGGUGGAUGCUGGUACGUCACCAUCGCUACAUAAGACAACUCAAUAUAAAACAGAGUACAAAAACAGAACUAUACAAAUACCGCUAAAUCGUUCUUAUCAUUUAACCCCAAAGGACCCAU